UUCAUUCUUUCCAGGUUUCUCUUCACAAUCUUCUCAGCUUCAUCCCCCGAUCUGCACCAACACCCAGCCUCUGAGUCUGCACCAGCAUCAAGCCUCUCAACUUCAUCCCUCGAUCCGCACCAACACGAUCAUGAACAACAACGCGGACAAUGA